AGUUCAAGUAGUACGUAUGUAAUGACCUUCAUUGAACAUUCAGCAUAUUCCUACAACCAACAGAAAUGACGGCCUUAUGGCAAACACUUCUUCUACUGGCCAUUACUUCCUCCUCCCUCGGAGCGCCUCAGGACUACUUGCAGCAGAGAUGGGAGGAGUGGCAAGUGACGCACGGGAGGAGGUACAGCAGCCAGGGGGAGGAGGAGGGGCGGAGGAGGGCGUGGCAGGUCAACCAGGAUCUGGUGGAGGCCCACAACAAGAGGAUGGAUGUGGGCUUCUCUCUGGAGAUGAACCAGUUCGCUGACGGGAUCCUUCAAGAACGACAUCCUGUUCUUCCCGCGGUUCAGCCUCAUUCCUGGACAGUUGCCAGAGUAGACGACGUCAAGGUAUCAUUAACCCCACCCCCUUCUUUUGAUUGGCGAAGUAAAGGGGUCAUCUCCGCAGUCAAAAACCAAGGAACUAUCGGCAGUGCAGACGCCGUCGCAUCAGAAGAAUGCAUGGAAAGUUGGAACACGAUAAAUACCGGGAAAAUGGUGAACAUCAGCUACCAGGAGAUCGCCGAUUGUUGUCGAGCCCAAAACGACACCGUUUUUGACUGCAUACACAAUAUUGGCGGCGUCUGUGGCGAGGGAGACUAUCCGGUUACUACGGGGCAGUGUCAGAAUAAUACGUGUCACCCUGACCUACAGAUACAGGGCGGUAUAAAACUUCCGCCAAGACGCCCGGAUCUAAUGAUCACAGCCCUACUUCAGCGCCCCCUACUGGUGUACGUAGACGCGAGUCACGUGACCUUCCAGCUGUACGAAGGCGGUGUCUACAGUGACCCCAACUGCAGUACGGAGAGAGUGGACCACGCCUUGCAGCUCGUGGGGUACGGACAGAAGGAGGGACAGAAGUACUGGAUCUGUAAAAACAGCUGGAGUUCUAGAUGGGGAAUGGACGGCUAUAUCUGGAUACGGAGAGGAUCUGACGAAUGUGCCAUAGAGUCGUAUGUUUCCUAUCCCUACUGACCUGUACCACUGUAAAUAAACACUCGAGACACUUG